UCGUGCCAGGAACAUCCGUCAGAGCUGGCGCUCGGUGUUCGCUCUCGUAUUAACCGAGAGCUGAAAUUCACAGGACACGCGCGACGUGUGGUCCCCUUUCGACAUUUUAUCCACAACAACCUUCCGUGUCGCGUUUCUCGUCGAGGGCGUCGAGGCUCCAGUCGUGUCGCGCGAGCAGGUCGAUGGAGAGUGUCAGACGUGACGUACGAGUGAGUGUCGUGAGACUCCAGCCAGUGCGACGGCAUUCGUGAUUAUACGACGUGAUUACAUCAGUUGAGUUACGUUGGUGGGUGAUUUGGAGACACCUGCGGGACGACGAGUUUGCGAGUACAUGAUAUAUUCUAUCCGUCGUAUUCUAGUGAUGCGCCAACAAGAGGCCGGGACUUAAUUGUCCGUCGCGAGUGACUGUCGAGAGGCAAUCGGUGCCGAUUCAACGUGUUCGGAGUAACAAAUUUCAUCGAUGAUUAUUGUAGUUGAAAAGAAGCAAUUAAUAUUCCCGGACAAAAGAAAACAAUCAAGAAAUCGAGACACCCUGGGAAUUGUAUGAAGAGAUACAGACGUUGAAAAUUGUAGAUCUUCAGGUGGGGGUUGAUAUGCCCCAAUGACAAUAUAAUACCGUUUAUCGGGAGCGAAUACGUCUAAAAGUUUACCGUUGACGUAGGUCGUGCGAUCGAUUCGAAGAAGACGACUUCGAGGCGGUCGCGAUGACGCGGCGAACUUAAUCAGCGACGAUUCAGCGCUCGCAGAUCCGUUGGUCCUUUCAAAGUGGGUUGUCCACCUGGGAAGCGUACGAUAAUCGUACGAUGAUGCCGCUCGCGCCGACGCCAAUCGUUCCGGUGCCAUCUAAGCCGAAGAUCGGCUUCAGCAUCGACUCGAUCGUCGGCGGCGGGCAAGGUGGUCGCGAGGCAGACCGGCUGGAGCAGCGAGUCGAAAUCGAUGGCAGUCCGAUGGAGAUAGUCGAGGGCUCCUCCUCCCCGCGAGCGCGUCGGGUCACCACGAGAUCGCCCGGUGCUCAUUCCGAGGGUUCCGAUCGGCCCGUCUCUAGGAGUUCCUCCGUCGAGUCAUAUCCCAACUCGCGACGAACACCGUCGCACGCUACCAUCGGUAGCGGCGGCGGCGGUCACCAUCAUCUUCACGGCGCUAACCAUCACGGUCACCCGCAUCACCACCUGUCGGCGACGACGCAUCUAGACUUCGGACGGACAACCGUUCACAGCCACAGUGGCGGCUCUACGCCCAACAACAGCCCCAGCCCGCCGCACAGAAUACCACACGGGGAUUCACCGAUCGGCUCGCAUCCCCAACCGCCCCCAGGGGUGGUCAGGCCCAGCCCGAAUUACCUCGCCCCGCCAUCUAAUGCCGCGACGGCCGCGGUCAUGGCCGCGGAACAGCUCAAAUCUCUGUAUGGACUACCCGGUGGUCACAGUCCCGCUGGUCCGCAGGCCGGUCAAAACGAAUACCACUCUCAGCAAUUGGCUCUAGCCGCUAAUUUGGCCGCGGCCCAGCAUUUCCAGGCGGCGAAUAUCGCGGUAGCACUUCAAGCGCAUCACGGCGCGUCGCCCCAUGGGCCGCCGCAUGGACCUUAUCCGCAUGGUGGGGCUCCCGGAGGGCCACAUCCGCCACCUCAUCCGCAUCAACAGCCUAGAGAUAGCUACCCCCUGUACCCUUGGUUACUGUCAAGGCAUGGUAGAAUCUUUCCGCAUAGAUUUCCUGGAGGUCCCGACAUACCCGGCUUCUUACUUCAACCCUUCAGGAAACCGAAGAGGAUAAGGACAGCCUUCAGCCCGAGCCAACUGCUUAAGUUGGAACACGCCUUCGAGAAAAAUCACUACGUCGUUGGGGCGGAGAGAAAGCAAUUGGCGCAGGCGUUAUCGUUGACCGAAACUCAGGUGAAAGUAUGGUUCCAGAAUCGGCGGACGAAACACAAGCGGAUGCAACAGGAGGAAGAGGCGAAGGCCCAACAGCAAUCGGGGGGGGGGGGGGGGGGGGGUGGGGGUGGAGGUAACGGUGGCAAUGGAAACGCUAACAACAACAGUAACAGCAAAAACACUCAUCACGUCAGCAAAUGGCAGCAGGAGACUGGUGACUAUCAUCAUGAAGAGGAAGAGGAAGAGGAGCACAUCGAUCCAGAAGCCGACGAGUGCUCGAGUGGCUCUGAAGCGUAGCUAGACGUUCUCUGCCUGGAUUAGGAUCCAGGAUUGAACAGAUUGUCCUGAACAGACUCCAAUGAGAAUUAGAUCGAGAUGGAAACCAUCCCAGAGAAUCGCGACACACUGAUCGACUUGAUUUGUUCGAGUUCCAGUUGAGCGUCGAAGGAUUGGAUCUAUUUUGAAAUCGCAGCGUCUACGAUCGUGUUAGCGUUAUGCGCAGGAGGUAAAUAGCAGUGAGUGAAUUCUUAUGGAAUAGUCAUCGCGCGGUGAUCUUCGUAUCGAAUUACGCAGUCGAGGCUUCGGGUACGAAUCCCGUUGUGAAAGAAAAAUCGGAAAUUUCGGAAUUGGUCGCGUCGCCGGCCGGUUGACAGCGACGUCGGUUUGACAGCGAUUAGCGGCAAUACGGUACUCGUAUUGCGACUGAAAGUCAUCGAAUAUGAGAAUAGUUGGACAGUUUUAAAGGUUUUAAAACGAAAGACGAGAGAGACCUUUUCGUCAACGUAACCGCCGAAGAGAAUUUGUCGAAUUCUAUUCUGAACUUGUGCCAGAUGGGUCAAUAGAGUAAAUAUACUGUUGUAGGGUCCAGUCAUUUUGAUAUUUUUAAAAAUAUCGAAUUGGUAAGACACCUGUCACGGGUUAAGCGAGAUUUUUAGGUUUGAACGCUGGCUGAAGUAAUAUUUCUCGUAAUAAAUUCUUUACAGUAAUUUAAAUAAGACGUUUAUUAGCAUCCUAUUUAAAUUACUGUAGUUACAAAGUUAAAUCGAUUUAAGUAGAGGAGGCUUUUACUAUUUCAACGGAAGCUGUGUUUUAAAGCCGACAAACAAUCGGCGCGCAGUUUACUGAGUUUGGAAAAAAGUAUACCAAAUUUACACAGAAAUAAUAUUAUUAUUAGGCUAUAAUCUAACCUAACCAAGAUACAGCUCGGACCGUAAAUAGCAUUUUGUUCUAAAUUAAUUUGUUUCCUCUUCUAAAUAUUUUUAAAACUUACAUAUAUCAUAACUUUAUAUACAAUAUUUCGAGAUACAAAAGUUGAAUCUGUGGGUGUGAAAUAUCGCUCACCGUUCAAUUCUAUUCUUUUACGACUAAUGCAAUGAUUUCGCGUACGUACAUGAAAAUACAUGAAAGUAAUACAUAAAAUAUAUGAGCUCGAUGAAAAGGACUCUAUAUCGUAUGUUUAUUCGUCGAUAGGCGACGCAACGAGGCAGAAGUGUCUUUUAUUCUUUUCUUCUUUAGACCGGAAUCACGAUAUAGUUCCUCAGGAUCUCAGUUUCGCAGCGUUGCCGAAGCCGAAGGCCAAGGAACAAUCGCGGAAAUUCGUAAAUAUCGUCGCGAUUAGAGCGAGACGUUCUCAGGCCAAACUGUCUUAUAACGAGUUCGGAAGAAGCGAUGGAGAAAUCGAAAGCGUCUAUCGGAAACUGACUAAUGGAGGCAUUGUUUGCCGGAGACGACGAAGCUAAAUGGACACGCUUCCGGCGGAAAGCGGCGAGAUGCUCGCUAUCGAGAACGAUCGAUGCCAACUUUAACAAGGCGAAUCAUUUUUUGGUUGACUGGUCGAAUCGGAAUUGUAGACAUUUUUGCGACUUUAGGGGGAAAAGUACUUUUCAUUUAAUAAAAGCUUACUUUCCGUUUUCUUGCUUCAUAAAUUUUUCUUUAACUAAACUUUUAACUGGAAAGCCGUUCGCAAUAGUUACUUAGAAAGUUGCACGCAAUGUGGUUCAAAAGCGAUUGUUAUAACUUAGAAAAAUGGUCUGAAAUGAGGCUCGAUCGUUCGCUAUGAUACAUCGAGGUGAUACGCCGAUUGCCAUCGGGGUGCGCCAUUUACGUUUAUUGCAAUUAUAUAUUUCUUGCCAUACAAAACAAUUCGCCAUAAAGAUUAACUUGCGUCGGGCGGUGUAAAUAAAGUGUAGCACAAGAGUGAGCAGUCCUGGAGCCUUUCCCAGGAACAUCCUGACGCUUCUCGUUUUCGAGAAUGUGAAUGUAAAUAUAGAUAAACUGAGAAAAGAGGCGUACGAGAUACACUGAAUACAUGUUUGUAUGCAGAAGCGUAAGUAAAAAAAAAAACGAAACUUGACAGAGAGUGCCAAACUUCGUAAACCCCUAGCGAGAGAAGAAUCCAGUGUAAACGAGUUGUAUUUGCAAUUGUAUUUAAGUCGUUAUUCUACGCGAGCGAGCAGUAUUUCUUUCGUCGAUCGAUGUUUCGAGAUAUGUACUGACAGUUUAAAUUAUUAUUACUAAUGUUAUAGACCGAGAUUCCGUUGCGCCAUAACGGAGCCGUCGCAGUAGUAGAAUAUCAAUCUCGGAAUCAUUAUAUUGAUGUAUCGACAUAUUACCUCGAUAUUUUAAUAUUAUCGAACAGCGCGUUACAUGAGUCUCAGGCCGGUAUUUACAAUCCGUUCAUAUUUUAAGACCGUCUUAAGUAAUGUCUUAAGAUGCUAAUAUGGUCAUUUUAUUCGCUGGAUGGAGUCUUAAGACUGUCUUUGACCAGACUUAAGACGAUCUUAAAUAUAAUAUCUAACUAUGAAUACCGGUCUCAGACUUUAAUUCGAUAAGUUUUCUUAUCAAUUUCAUCAGAAACCUAUUCCUCAAGAAAGAGACGUCGAGUUUCAUGCAGGAAACACACAUGUCUACUCCGCUCAAGAAUCCGGCCGGUUGUGGCGCAAGGAUUUUCGCUUGUAAAUAAUCCUGUAAAUAGCAAAUUGUGAUUUUACUCGAGUGCAGAGCCAUAGAAUUGUACGACCAUCGAAUGACUCAGUUCGUGUUCUCUAGCAAUAUAGCGAAAUAAAUUAAACCACCCAUGAAAA